UGUCUGCAGCCAGCCCGCAUCUGAUCUGGGCUGGGUAAACUAAGGAAGAUAGCCUGUCGAGAGCAGUUCAGCCAUCUGAGGACAUCGAUAAUCUCCUGGCGCCACUUCAUUUCUCUCUGCCCAGAGCUUUUUCACCUAGCAGAGAAUGAUGGUGCCGCCUGAACUCCCUCAGCUCAGAUGGAUGUUGAACCAAAUGAAAGAUGAUUUCUGCUUGGCAGAGUAAUCAAAUGCAAGAAGAACUAAUCUGACCGCAUUCUGAGUCCUGCCCGUGGUGAGGGCCGUCCACCCCAGACAUUGUUCUGGGGUCCAUCUGAGGUCAGCAGCGUGAAGAUGACCAGCGCCUUCUUAGCAUGACGAGCUUGGACCAUGUGAUCACUGCCCAUCAGUCGGAAUGGGUCUCCUUCAGCGAAGAGCCACUCUUCCCUGCCCUCUCUGAGGGAGGUGCUGAGGAACACCUCCCUGGGCUGUCGUCUUCCUCAGACCAGUCUGAGAGCUCCUCUGUGGGGAACCAGGCGGUGGAUGGAGGCUCUCGGGACCUGUCCCACUCCGAGCAAGAUGACUCCUCUGAAAAGCUGGGCCUCAUCUCUGAAGCAGCCUCUGCUUCUGGGAGCCCGGAGCAGCCCGCGCCUGACCUGGCCUCUGCCAUCAGCAACUGGGUCCGCUUUGAAGAUGACACACCCUGGGCCAGCACCUCACCAGCGCAUCAGGAAACAGCCCUCACACUGACCAUGCCCUGCUGGGUGUGCCCCUCCUUUGACUCGCUGCGGAGAUGCCCCCUGGCCUCGGAGAGCAGCUGGACCACCCAUUCUGAGGACACCAGCAGUCCUAGCCUUGGCCCUUCCUACACAGACCUGCAGCUCAUCAACGCAGAGGACCAGGCCAGCGGCAGGGCCUCGGGGGCUGACUCCACGGACAGUCCCUCCUCACUCCAGGAAGAUGAAGAGGUAGAGAUGGAAACCGUCAGCUGGCACACCAGCAGUCCACCCGUGAAUGGGCACCCUGCCCCUCCAGUGACCUCUGCUCGUUUCCCCAGCUGGGUCACUUUUGAUGACAAUGAAGUCAGCUGCCCUUUGCCACCAGUCACUUCUCCUCUGAAGCAAAAAAUGGCACCAGUGGUGCCUGUGACUCCAGUGGUACCUUACAACUCCACUGGGUCAUUCAAGAGGGAUCGUCCCAAGAGUACUUUGCUGAGCUCCUCCAAAGUUCAGAAGCUGGACAUUUCCUCCCUCAACCACCUGUCCUCUGUAACUGAGGCCCCACCGUGGAGGGCCACCAAUCCUUUCCUGAAUGAGACGCUCCAGGAUGUCCAGCCCUCACCCAUCAACCCUUUCAGUGCUUUCUUUGAGGAACAGGAGAGGCGCUCCCAGAAAAGUUCCAUUUCCAGUAGCACAGGCAGAACCCAAAGAGAUUCCCUCAUUGUCAUCUACCAGGAUGCCAUCAGUUUUGACGACUCAAGCAAAAACCAGUCCCACUCUGAUGCUGUUGAAAAACUCAAACAGCUCCAGCUCGAUGAACCUGAUCGCCUUGGCAGUGCAGCACUACCCGAUGAUGACCCCAUAGCCUGGAUUGAACUAGAUGCUCACCCACCCUGCUCGGCACUGACUCAGCCCAGAGAUGGCUGGCCCAUGAUGCUCAGGAUCCCUGAGAAGAAAAACAUCAUGUCUUCCAGGCACUGGGGUCCAAUCUACAUCAGACUGACAGACAGUGGUUACCUGCAGCUGUAUUAUGAGCAGGGCCUAGAAAAACCGUUCCGUGAGUUCAAGCUGGAGAUCUGCCAUGAGGUUUCAGAACCCCGGCUUCAAAACUAUGAUGAGAAUGGUAGGAUCCAUAGCUUGCGGAUAGAUCGCGUCACCUACAAAGAGAAGAAGAAAUAUCAGCCUAAACCUGCUGUAGCCCACACGGCAGAGAGGGAGCAAGUGAUCAAGCUGGGCACGACCAAGUAUGAGGACUUCCUGAGCUUCAUCCGUGCAGUGCAGGACCGGCUCAUGGAGCUGCCAGUAUUGUCAAUGGACUUGAGCACAGUUGGCUUGAACUAUCUUGAAGAGGAGAUUACAGUGGAUGUCAGGGAUGAGUUCACUGGCAUUGUACGCAAAGGAGACAAUCAGAUUCUCCAGCACCAUGUUUUGACUCGGAUCCACAUUCUGAGUUUCCUUUCUGGGCUGGCAGAGUGCCGCCUGGGCCUCAAUGACGUUCUCAUCAAAGGAAAUGAAAUCGUCUCUCGGCAAGACAUCAUGCCCACCACUACCACCAAAUGGAUCAAACUCCAUGAGUGCUGCUUUCACGGGUGUGUGGAUGAGGAUGUGUUCAACAGCUCUCGGGUUAUUCUCUUCAACCCUUUGGACGCUUGCCGGUUUGAACUGAUGCGGUUCAGGACGGUGUUUGCUGAGAAGACCUUGCCUUUCACACUCAGGACAGCCGCAAGUAUCAAUGGGGCCGAAGUGGAGGUGCAGAGCUGGCUGAGGAUGUCGACUGGCUUCUCCUCCAACCGCGAUCCUCUCACUCAGGUUCCCUGUGAGAAUGUCAUGGUGCGUUACCCAGUUCCCAGUGAGUGGGUGAAAAACUUCCGCAGGGAAAGUGUCCUGGGGGAAAAGUCUUUGAAAGCCAAAGUGAACCGAGGGGCAAGUUUUGGCUCAGCUAGUGUCUCUGGCUCUGAGCCUGUCAUGAGAGUCACUCUGGGAACUGCCAAGUACGAACAUGCCUUCAACUCCAUUGUUUGGAGGAUAAACCGACUGCCUGACAAAAACUCAGCUUCUGGCCACCCACACUGUUUUUUUUGCCACCUUGAACUUGGCUCUGAUAGGGAAGUGCCUUCCAGCUUUGCCAAUCAUGUGAAUGUGGAGUUCAACAUGCCCACGACUUCUGCCUCCAAAGCUGCUGUAAGAUCCAUCUCUGUGGAAGACAAGAGCGAUGUGAGGAAGUGGGUCAACUAUUCUGCACAUUACAGCUACAAGGUGGAAAUUGAGCAAAAAAAGAGCUUGAAGCCAGACUUUGAAGGAGAUGAAACAGAAAAUCCCAAGGCGUGUGGGGUACAGUGACAAAACCCUAACAGGCUAAAUAUCUUCCUGAAUUGCUGGUUUAGUCAAUACCUGCUGUGCCCUCCAUGCUGGGAACAAUCUGCCAGAGACCCGCCUGUUUGCAGUUACCUGUCUUUUCAUAGGAACUCCUGAGGUGGUUGCUUAGGAGAGGCUGUUUGACCACGAUCAAGCCUGAAGCAUGUGGUUCAUCUGACUUUUAGAGCUCUCUGUAUAAUGUAGCCACCUCGUCCAAGUUUUGCUUCUAUCACAGUACUAAUAUGUGCUUUGUUUUGACUGCGAGAGUCCAGAAAUGCACCUCCAACGUCAUUGCAGGCAUGAAUUCCUUCUGAUGUUCCUCUGUCACCAUGAGUUUCUGGAAAACAUGGUUUUGAAAAGUUACUUAAGAGUCCAUUGCUGUCUCUUCCUCUAGAAAAGGCUCAGAAAAGGUUUAAGACAAAUUUCCUGUGUGCGUCUACUAGACUCUUUUUAGAUGUCUCUAGUCCUUAAAUGUUAAUGCUAUGCAACAGGGCUUUUCCAGAUGUUUCUCCCUUGGUUAUAGAUUAUUUAAAUUGACACAUUUCUGCUUUCAUUUCCUUUAGGUCUCAGUCACAGGAUUUAUUAUCCUGAAUCUCACUAGACAAGGAGAAAGGGCCUAACAGGAUCUUUUAAAUUCUGUGGCUGGACAUACAUUCUGCAAAUAGAUUGGACUGAAUUCACAUUCUGUUGAGAGAAAAGCAAAAUUCAGCUUCUCUUCAUUUUGAGGAAGAGAGACAUUAACUGUAAGAUUAUGUUCAGUGCAGGAGACUUCUUCAGUCUUGGUGAACUGCAAAUUCAUACUGAAAAAUACAGGCCAGGCCACUUUUGAUUCCUGAAACAAAUACCUCAGGCAUUUGUCAGGGGCAUUUGGGAGCUCUUUUUAUACCUCGUAACCUAGACUGUUGCAUGUCUCCUUCAUGAAAAUUUUGUAGGAAAUUUAGGCUGAAAAGGAGAUUUUAAAAACUCUUUUAAACUUUGGAUAAGCUCUCUUAAGUGUAGAGCUUGGGAAUCAUAGUAUUGUAAUAAAUCAAAAAGACAGAGUAGGAUAACAAUAGGGAAAAGCCAUUAUUUCCCUAUGUUGUGAACAUCAAAUUCUGAUUCCAAGAGUCCGGAUAUUGAGUCUUCUUUCUCUUCAUUUUAUUUGUACCUUGAUGUUUGAUGAUGAAUAGAAUGAGGUGAAAGAAAGCACAUUUUAUCUGAUUUGUAGCUGAUACAGAAGCAGACUCUAUGUCAAAUUUUCAUUGACAGAUUUAAGGGUCAUUUAGUCAGUGAACACUCAUGGAAUUAUAACUGUUACUGACAGUUGGUUAUAGAAAGCAUUACAAUGCCUUGAAGUAUCUAAGCAUAAGACUGAAACUAAAUGGAGAAGAUUGAAUAGACAUUAAUGAGAAACCCUAUAUACUGAGUUUUUAAAAAAGCCUCCCUCUAAGUACAGACUGUGUGUGUGUGUGUGUGUGUUGGGGAGAACUGGUUUUAUAGGCACUCAUACAGAAAUAUUUUCUUAGGGAAAUGGGAGUUCUGAAUUGGAAGUAUAUCACAGCUAUCAAGGCUAAUGCAUGCAACCUGUGUCAGCAGAAAUUUAGAGCUCUCUCCAAGAUGCAUUGUUCAGUACAUACCUAGGUGGAAGGCUGAGUUCAGUUACAGAUAACAUAUUCUAACUUUGAAGAACAAAAUGUAACAGCAAAGAGUACAAAGCAGGAUGGAAUGAUACACUAUUAGCUCCCCAAAAUUUUCAACUAUAAAAAAAGGAAGAGGAAGUAGAUUUAAGAG